CUACUUGAAGAUACGUUGUCAGAAUUCAUUUCUUAAAAUUUAAUCAUUAGUGCUGUUAAAAAUAUCUGCGAGAUCCUACUCUAAUCGUUUUGAACAAAAGAAAUCUUCUUAAAACUAUAUAAUUUUUCUUAAUACAGUAGAAGAUGUCAUAAAUGCGGGAAUGUGAAACUCUGGUUUUUCCAGUUGCCUAACAAGUUUUUUCCCUUCACUAAUCAAGCAUAGUCAAGUCUGCCAAUCACAAAACGUUAAGUUGCUGAAGCGUUUUCAAAAUGGGUACCAUCAAGCAACAUAUUUUGGUCGUAGGAGCCGGUAUGGCCGGUCUUACUGCAAUCAAAGCGUGCAAAGAGGAAAACAUUGAUGUGAUAUGUUAUGAAAAAUCCAGCGAAUUCGGUGGCUUGUGGCGUUACCAUGAAAGUAACAAGGAUGAAUAUGCCUCCGUCAUGAAGAACACGAUCAGUAACACAAGCAAGGAAAUGAGUGCCUUCAGUGAUUUCCCUCCUCCUGCCGAAUUUCCAACUUACUUACAUCACGCCAUGUGUUUGAAAUAUUUAGAAAUGUAUGCUGAGCAUUUCGAUUUACUCGGAAGUAUUUCGUACUAUCAGGAGGUACAGCAGAUUAUUCCUUCCGAAGAUUAUGGUACAACUGGCAAAUGGCUAGUCAAAGUGAGAAAUCUACGUUCAGAUGAAACUCGAGAAGAAAUAUUUGAUGGGGUCAUGGUUUGCACUGGUCAUCAUGGAUAUCCUUAUACACCAUCUUAUCCGAAUCUGGAUUUAUUCACUGGUCAAAUUUUACAUAGCUCAAAUUACAAAUCGACUUCUGGAAUGGAAAAUCUUCGUGUCCUUGUCGUUGGGGCUGGAAAUUCUGGUUGUGAUAUUGCUGCUGAACUGGCAAAUGUAGCAAAAAAAGUUUAUUUAAGCACUCGAAGGGGAGCAUGGAUAUAUCCUCGGUUAUUCGAGAAAGGAAAACCAAUGGAUGUCUCUUUAACUCGGCGUAGCAAUAUGGUAUUGCCCGCUUCUUAUUUUGCAAAGAAAGUGGAAAAGACUCUUAAUAAGAAAAUGGACCAUAAACGAUUUGGAAUAAAACCAUAUCAUCCUGUAACAAGUCAACAUCCUACAAUCAACGACGAAAUUCAGUACAAGCUUUUAACAGGUGCGGUCACUGCGAAAAAAGAUGUGAAAGAAUUUUUCCAGAAUGGUGUAUUAUUUGAUGGGGAAGAAGAAACGACAGAUAUUGAUGCUGUUGUAUUUGCAACUGGUUUCUGCAUCAAAUUUCCAUUCUUGACUGAUGAUAUACUGCGUGUUGGGAAAAAUAAUAAAGUUCUACUGUACAAGAAUAUGUUCCCUCCACAACUGAAAAAUCACUCAUUAGCUGUUAUUGGUCUGAUACAACCUAAUGGAUCCCUUUUCCCAGUCGCCGAACUUCAAUCCAGAUGCUUUGCCGCCCUCAUGACUGGGAAAUGCCACCUCCCAUCCACAGAGAAAAUGCUGGAAUGCGUCAGAGCCACCGAAGGUUUCCGAGCUCGGAAUUAUGUUCAGUCCUCUAGACAUUCAGUAGAAGCCCCUUAUAUAGCAUACAUGGACGAUUUAGCUGGAAUAUUUGGAGUGAAGCCGAGCUUGGCUGGAUUGCUUUUGAAAGAUCCAAAACUGUUUAAAGCUUGUUUCUUUGGCCCUUGUCUGCCGUACCAGUAUCGGUUAAAUGGCCCACACAAAUGGGAUGGAGCUCGAGAUGCAAUAUUAAAUUACAAAGAAAGAAUGUAUAAGCAUUUGAAAAAUGGAGGCGAAAUAUAAAAUUGAUAUUAAACUUGAUCGCUACUUAAUAUAUUCUAACAAAUAAUUUUUGAUCAGUAUUUGAAUUUUGGAUCAUAACUUUAAAGCUUUCGUCAUUUAUUUUCUAUUAUUAUAUACUAUAUAUUUUUGAUAUGUCUUAUUUUUAUACAAUUUUAAUCAAUAAAGAGUAAUUUUUUAAAAAAAU